CUGGGAGGGGAAGCAGAACAAACUGUAAGCUGUUGGCGGAUCCAUCUUGCUCGAAAAAGAGGCGAGGGUGAAGGCUUUUUUCAGUUUAGUAUCUAAAAGACUGCAUCGUUCCCCGUAAGCGCACUGGGGAGCCCGAGGAGGGGCUGUGCCGCUGUUUGUAGGAUGUCCCGACAUGAGGGUGUGAGCUGUGAUGCGUGUUUGAAAGGGAACUUUAGAGGAAGACGGUUCAAGUGUUUAAUUUGCUACGACUACGACCUGUGUGCAUCGUGCUACGAGAGCGGAGCUACAACAACAAGACACACCACAGAACACCCCAUGCAGUGUAUAUUGACCAGGGUAGAUUAUGACCUGUAUUAUGGAGGCGACACAUUUUCAGUAGAGCAACCCCAGUCAUUCACCUGUCCUUACUGUGGCAAGAUGGGCUUCACAGAGACGUCCCUACAGGAGCAUGUCACCUCAGAACAUGCAGAGACUUCCACAGAGGUGAUUUGUCCAAUUUGUGCUGCCUUGCCAGGAGGGGACCCCAACCACGUCACAGAUGACUUCACAGCUCACCUCACACUUGAACACAGAGCGCCAAGAGAUUUAGAUGAGUCCAGCAGCGUUCGACAUGUACGCAGGAUGUUCCACCCUGGACGAGGACUGGGUGGUCCCAGAGCACGACGGACAAAUAUGCACUUUACUAGCGGCUCCACAGGAGGACUUUCAUCCUCCUCAUCGCAGAGCUCCACUUACACCCCAAGUAACAGAGAAGCUAUGGACCCCAUCGCAGAGUUGCUGUCUCAGCUGUCAGGUGUGCGGCGUGCAGCAGGGGGGCAAAUAAACUCGUCAGGGCCUUCAGCGUCCCAGCUCCAGCAGCUCCAGAUGCAACUGCAGUUGGAGCGGCAGCAGGCUCAGGCAGCACGACAGCAAGUGGAGACGGGGCGCCAUGCGACACGACGCAGCAACAACCCAGGCAACACUGGCACCACCAUCCCUCCACCCAGCACAGCAACUGCCAACACUGCCACUGUGGGCGAUAGCAACCCCUCAUCCUCGUCCCACAACUCCCAGUUCCUAUUAGCACGGUUGAAUGAACCUAAGAUGUCCGAAACAGAGCGUCAGUUUCUAGAAGGAGAGCGCGCAGACCGCAGCCUGUUUGUCCAGGAGCUGCUUCUGUCCACGCUGAUGCACGAGGAGAGCUCCUCUUCUGACGAGGAGGAGCGUCGAGACUUCGCCGACUUCGGAGCCAUGGGCUGCGUGGAUAUCAUGCCUUUAGAUGUGGCGCUGGAGAACCUCCAGCUUAGAGAGAGCAGCUCUACGGGGAAGGAGCCUCCGCCGCCUCCUCUUUGAUGUCCGAGCAUCAAGCAGACUGUGUCCUCUCUGCUGCAACUGUCAGUGAUGGGCAGCAAACAGCAGCAGUCCUCCCUGGCCUCACCCUCCUUUCUCCCUCCUCUAUUUUCUGAGUUUGUUUUUUGGUGAUUGUAAUUUCAGGCCCGUCACCAUUUUUGUUACAUUGUAAACAAAAAAAAAAAAAUGAGAGCAAGUGAUAAAUGUGCGAGUGCGCAAUAGCAACUGAGUGAGCGAGCGAGAGAAGAGAAAUAUAUAAAUAUAUAUAAAAUAUAUAUGAAGUUGAUAAUCAAUCCACAUAACUUUUCUUUCCCAGGUAAAUGUUACAGGCAGCUGUGGCAGACCUUUGCUUCCUGUGACAUGCAAAUGGCUCUCCGUAUAAAUACUCCACAUUCAAAAGUCAAGAGGGCACAGGCUCCUCUGGUGAAGCUGCUGUGUGUGUUUAUGACUAUUAAUAAAUAAAAAGUGCUUGGAUGGGUUACCAUAACUACUGCAUGCAGUUAUUUGCAGCGUGCAUGACUUUUAAUGACCUUGUCAUUAAAGCCUUUUUUUUUAAAUAUCCCAAAGCUUUCAACUGUUUUUAAAUGGUUAUUCCAAACACGGUUAAGUAUUGAAAAUUGAAUAGUUUAUGAAACUGACAUGCAGAAGUUUAACUAACAACAUGUUUUGUUAGGUUUUCUUGAAGUAAGUAUGUAUCUUGAAGAGAAAAGGAUUGGAUUCAGCAGUAGCUUCUGAAGAAUCGCUGCACUUCUCUCUGUCUGAAUAUGUCAAGUGCUGCGCUAACAGCAGCGGAGCUGCGACCACAUGCAUCAGAGGAAUCCUGGGAACAGAGGAGGAUUCCCUAGAUGUUAAUGUUUAGUGAUAAGCUGUUUAGGCACAGUAUGCUUCAUAAUUUAUAGAUAAGUCCAGACGCCCAAUCACAGUAAGUCUAUUGCUCAUUCACACUAGUUUCUGGCAUUCACUCUGCUUAUGUACAGGCCCAGUCAGACCUGCACAUGCUUUAGAUGGCUUGUAUGAUUUUCUUUGCAGGGUUACAGCAUAUUACACACUGCAGGUCUGUUUUUUUUUUUUGUUUGUUUGUUUUUAAGAGAAGGUGUUCUUUUUCUCUGCUAAGGUUAGCACUUUCUAUUUAUUCAUGUUUGUUUUCUGAUUCUUUUCAGCCUUGAUAUGAACCAUGCCACCUUCAUGCCUAUACUAUUACCCUCUAUGUAAAAUACAAUGAGAUGUAUAUUGACUUUGUGCGUUAACUUUCAUAAUGGUUCUAAGACAUGGGCAGACGUUUUUUUUAAAUGUAAAUUUAGAAUAUAAUAAAUAUAAACUGCGCACAGCUUUUGAUGA